AUGGAUAGAGAGAAUAAAACCUUGAACUACUUCCUUCUCUUGGGACUUUUCCCAGAGCUGCAAUAUACCAGCAUCCUCAUCACCUCCAUCCUUCUUGCCUACGUUGUUGCCUUCACUGGGAACACCAUCCUGAUUCUCUUGAUCUGGGUGGACUCUCACCUUCACACUCCCAUGUACAUACUACUCAGCCAUCUCUCUCUUAUUGACUUGGCCUUAAUUUCCACCACGGUCCCAAAAAUGGCCAUCAACUUUUUCUCUGGGAAGAGAGACAUCUCAAAAGUUGCCUGUGGAACCCAGAUUUUCUUCUUCUUUGCCCUUGGGGGUGGUGAGUGUCUCCUUUUGACCCUCAUGUCUUAUGACCGCUAUAUGGCCAUCUGCAACCCCCUGAGAUAUCCAGUUAUCAUGAACCCCAGAGUCUGCCUGCAGAUGACUCUAGUGUCCUUGGGUGGAGGUGUUCUAAAUUCCCUCAUCAAUACCAUUUACACCAUGCAUUUCCCCUUCUGUGGCUCCAGGGAAAUCCACCACUUCUUCUGUGAGAUGCCUGCUGUCCUGAGGCUCUCUUGUGCGGACACUUCCUCUUAUGAGAUGGUGGUGUCCGUCAUCUGCAUUGUAUUUGUUCUUCUUCCCUUAGGACUUAUCGUGUCUUCCUACAUGUUCAUCUUUCUCACAAUACUCCGCCUGAAUUCACGAGAGAGCAGGAGGAAAGCCCUGGCCACCUGUUCCUCCCAUCUGGCUGUAGUGAGCCUCUACUAUGGGCCGGCCUUUAUUAUCUACAUGACCCCUCGCUCCUUUCACACUUCAGAGCAGGAUGAAAUAUUCUCCAUGAUUAAUACCAUCUUCACGCCCAUGCUCAACCCUCUCAUUUACAGUCUGAGGAACAAAGAAGUACUGGCAGCUCUGAGAAAAGUAAUUAACAGAGGAUUCACUUUGAGGUAG